AUGGCAGGGUCGCGGUACGCCUAUGUACGCGACUUUGAGCUGAGCGACGCAGCACUCCCGUGCACAUACCUCGUCGUGCGUAUCGACGGGCGCGGGUUUCAUCGCUUCUCGCAGCAGCACCAGUUUGCCAAGCCGAACGAUGCGCCUGCGCUCGAGCUGAUGAACGAGGCGGCGCGUGCGGUCCUGCGCGAGUUCAAAGGACACAUUAAGCUCGCGUUUGGAGAGAGCGACGAGUACAGUUUUCUUAUUGAUCGUGACUCGACGUUGUAUUCACGGCGGCAGAGCAAACUCGUGUCCCACAUUGUGUCCAUCUUUACAGGGACCUAUGUCUUCCAGUGGAGCAAGUACAUGUCGAUUCCCCUCGAGAGCCCGCCGUCGUUUGACGGGCGGCUGGUCGUGUACCCCAGCGCACGCGAGGUGCGCGACUACUUUGCCUGGCGCCAGGCAGACACACACAUCAAUAAUCUGUACAACACGACCUUCUGGGCAUUGGUACUGCAAGGAGGGCAGACGGAGCGCGAGGCACACGAGUCACUCAAGGGGUCGUACUCUAAAGACAAGCACGAGAUUCUUUUUCGUCAAUUUGGCAUCAACUAUGACAAGCUCCCUGCUCUGUAUCGCAAGGGAACUACGCUUGUCUAUGCGCCGAUACACACGCCUGGCCGACCGGCCAAGGCCAAGCCCAAGACGGAACUGCGCACACUCCAUGUGGACAUUAUUCAGGACGCCUUUUGGAAUGCGCAGGAGGGCGGUGCUCCGGCACCGCCCUCGCCGUCCGACGUCAGCGACAAGCCAUUCUACGAAGUCCCUGCUCGACUGGAAUGCGCUGGGUUGGGUUCUCUUGUUUUAUAA